CGCGCUUGUUCGAUGCAUUAUUCGGCAGCUUGAGCCUUGUGGUACCCUACCAGUCAGUUCACGUGCACCUAUAGCCUAGCUAAGCGCUUCCAUCCACGACGAUUCCGCGUUUUAAUCCACAUGUCCAAAAUCCGCUUGGUAGUCUCACUAGCAGAGGUCUGAGUUGCAACAUUCUAGAUCACCUUACCACUGGAGCCAGUGUUACGACUGGUACAUACCAAUGAAUUCUGAAUACUCCUUUCGACCGUUGGCACCAUCCACCAUACGAAGGAAAAGAAGUCCAGCUCCAGUUAAUCACUCUCAUGUUCAGAGAGCACUUCCAAACGCUGUUCAGGAUGACAAACAAUCUGGGCUCCCCACCGGUUGGAUCAGUGUUCGGCAUCCAGAUUUUGGUACGAACUACUUUCACGAUGAGCCUGAGAUGAGAGUGUGCAGCACUGUGUGUCCGAGUCGUGAAACGAGCGCCUUACAUAACGUCAUCACCCAGCUACUCUGCGGUUUGAAGGAGACCGCCCCUGAUGAUGCCGAGUCCGAGAUGACUCUCGUUCUGGACUUAUUCUUAUCUUCCGUCGGUGCAGACCAAAAACCCAAUUUCGGGUAUUAUUUUGUUUCUCAUACUCACAAGCGAGUCUUUUGGUUGCAAAGUUUCGACCUAGAUUGCUUAUCAGAAGAAUGUGACGGAUCUAUGGGGUCAACUUCCAGAUGCGCUGAAGCACAGUACUGGAAGCAUUGCGAGCUAUUUCCGAAUACACUCAACGUCACAGAAGUUGUCAUCCGUGAACUCAAGAGCAUUUUGGUCCAAGCAUCUGCAGAUCGCGUAACUUCGAAAUUCUCAACAUCACCCUAUGAUGCAGAUCAUAUCUCAACCAUGUUGGAAGUUGUGAAUAAUAUUGAGCCUCAGAGCAAGAGCGAGGAUGGGCGCUCAGCUUGGACAAUAGCAAAAUUCAUGGUGCUAUAUCAUAUCGGCAUAUUGCGAAGCUCAUACGGUCAAAACGACGACUAUUUCGACAUCGACUACUCUGAGCCAAAUUCGGAACCUUACCAACGCUCGAUGUUGAUGGCGCUUUUUUCUCCAUUAAUGCUGAAGUCCGUGGAAGUCUACGCAAGUGAAUUACACAGCUUUCGAGACAAUUUCUCACUUGCGCGGUGGAAGAAGUUUGUGAAUAAGGUCGAUAUCAGUAUCCGCGAUUCCAAUCUGCUGGCAACUGUCCUGCUUAGCACGAACAUCGGCUUUUUGGCGAUUGCAAGUGUAGAUGCAAGCAGUACCGACAGUUCAAGGUCAGGGGCACAGAUUGUCAUAUAUUGCUCUGUCAUCUGCAGCAUUGGAAGUAUUAUCAUUGGUCUUGUUAUUUUCAAACAAUACCGCGCAAAGGGUGCUGAUACUCCUGUGAAAGCGAUCACAAUCUUGAAGCGGAUCUUCCUUGAACGAUACGGUCUUGAGAGGCUUGCGGUUAUCUGCAGCCUGCCGUAUGUCUUGCUGAUGUGGGGGUGAGAUUGCUUAUCUCUAAUUCAUCAACACCCUCAUAGUCAUUCCACCCGCUAGCCUGAUUUUGUUUACGAUUGCA